CAGAGAAAACAAUGAGCUCAACACAGAAGGACCAACAUGGAGCGAGAAGUCAGCGCUCUCAGGAGGCCGACAAACCUCACAGAAGAAAGAGAGAGAAAACAUACAGCUGUGACGAGUGUGGGAAGGGUUUUACUGGGAAGUAUGAACUAAAACAGCAUCAGGUCAUCCACACUGGAGAGAGACCGUUCAGCUGUGACUUGUGUGGAAAGACUUUUUCCAGGAAGGAUUCUCUAAAAACACACCAACUCAUCCACAGUGGAGUUAAAGCGUACAGCUGUGAUCAGUGUGGCAGAGCUUUUACUCACAGUAGCUACUUACAGAGGCAUCUAGUUACCCACUCUGGAAUUAAGGCAUACAGCUGUGACAUUUGUGGAAAAACUUUUAGGCUGAUAGGGAGCCGAAAUAUACACCUAAGCAUUCACACCAGACAUGAUGUGUACAGCUGUGACGAGUGUGGGAAGGAGUUUACUGAGAAGGCUAAUCUAAAACGUCAUCAGCUCAUCCACACUGGAGAGAGACUGUUCAGCUGUGACUUGUGUGGAAAGUCUUUUUCCUUGAAUGGUCACCUAAAACAACACCAACUCAUCCACAGUGGAGUUAAAGCGUACAGCUGUGAUCAGUGUGGCAGAGCUUUUACUCACAGUGGUAGCUUACAGAAGCAUCUAGUUACCCACUCUGGAAUUAAGGCAUACAGCUGUGACAUUUGUGGAAGAACUUUCAGCCUGAUAGGGAGCCGAAAUAUACACCUACGCAUUCACACCAGACAUGAUGUGUACUGCUGUGAACAGUGUAGCAAAGAGUUUACAACAGACGCAAAGUUACAACGACACAUGUUUACCCACACUGAGGGACGACCUUAUAAAUGUGACCUGUGUGAGAAGACUUUUAAAGCUCCACAUUACCUGAGACGACACCAACAGAUCCACACCAGAAAGAGACUCUACAAGUGCAGUUACUGUGAGAAGCAGAGCGACACAGAUGGAUCCAGUUCUCAACCCUGUCAUCACUGUGGUGGUGGGAAAGACUUUCGUUGUGACCUCUGUGGAAAAACUUUCAGUUGGCAAGCCGCCCUAAAAAGACAUCAACGUAGACACACUGGAGACAAACUGAAAUACUGCAAAGAAUGUGGGAGAAGCUUCACCACAUCACGUGACUUAAAACAACAUGAACUGAUUCACAGUGGGGUUAAAAAGCACCUCUGUGAUCAGUGUGGGUCAUCCUUCACCUCUGCAACAUGCGCUCCGAUCUCCGCUGACUCAUCAGAAAUCUGCUGCGUCACCCCCCUGAACUUUUCCUCCCCCAGGAACCGCCCCUCCUUUUUUCCCACCGGACGCAAUUAGUCACACAUAUGGAAUCGAUUAGACACUUCGGGAGUACUUCCGGUAAGGUCAAAAUGUCAAGGCUAGGGCCAUCAAUCAAAUUGAUGACACAUGUUGUAGGGUUAUGUUUUUUUAUUCUAUAAGGAUGUUAUGUGUUUGUAGACUUUCUGCCCAGUUUGACCCAUUUAGCAGAAGUCAG